AUGAGUGAUUGGGAUGCUGAUGACAAGCCAAAAAACAUUGCCAAUACAUGGGAUGAUGAAGAAGAGGUCCCAGAUGCGUGGGAUGCGGACGAAAAGCCUAAAGGUGCAAAGCCUGAGUUAUCUGCUCCACCUAAAAUGUCUGUGAAGGCAAAAAUUGCGGCAAAGACUGAGAAGAAGAAUAAAAUGAUUGCGGAGUUACAGAAGAAACAGAGGGACGAUGAGGCCAAACAGCUUAGUGAAUUGGAACGUGAGGAACUAAGCAAACAACAGGAGUGUAAUCUUAUAAUGGAUUCCUUUGGUGUUUCAGACGCUGCGGCGGGGCAGGCGGCUGAGCUAGAUUUUAGUAAGGUCUCAACCAAACAGGACUUCAUUGAUUUGUCAGGCAAACUGGUGGAGAAGUUUAAAAGGCUCGAGACUUCUCCUCACUACUCCAACUUUGCUGAAGGUUUUAUUCGGCAAAUUUCGCUUCAAAUGGACCUGGACAACUUGAAGGAACUAUCCUUAUCAAUUAAUGCUUUGGUGACCGAAAAGCAGAAGCUUAACAAGAGCAAAACUAAAAAGAAGGGGGUGAGGACAAAGCUUGUUGUGGAACGGAGUAUGAAUGACUACGAUUAUGACGAUGGAAACGAUGAUGACUAUGACGACUUUCUAUAA